CAGCUUCAUGCUAUGCACUUCUAGCAAAAGCAAAUACUGCAUUCGCCACCAUCAUCAACGAGAAAAGAAAAUGGAGGUCAUACCUUUGCACUAACCGUGGGCCGAAAGCUAUUAAUGCUAAAAAAUCAGUAUCUUAAAUAGAAGAGUUCCAGUCAUCAUCUUCAUAGCAAACAGAUAUUCCGUUUGAAAAGUAGUGUCUCUUUGCUAUGGAGGAGAGUGUGAGCCCUGAGCUGGCUCAAGCCCCAGAGCCUGAGCCCAGCCAGGAUCCUGUGGAUACCAGCUCACAAGAACCAACAUCAGUCUCAGAAGAAGUCAAAGAUCAAAAAGACCAAGGUGAUGUUUGUGAAGACAAAGUAGAGGACCCUGACAAAUCCACAAAGCCCCCACGUGAGUUUAAGAAGACUUGGGGUUUUCGUCGGACCACUAUUGCUAAGAGGGAAAUCCCUGGAGAAAUGGCAGCAGAGGCCCCAGAGGGCAGGGGUGCCCCAGUGCGUCGCAGUGGCAGGCAGGCAAAGCGCACAGACAAACUGGAAGAGUUUCUGGUCACUGUGAAGCGAGGAAGAGGAACGGGCAGGAGAAGUUGUCCCUCACGACUUGAGGGAGGAGAUCCUCCAUCCCAGACCCCAACCGAUGCUGAAACGGCCUCCGAAGCCAGCUUUGAUGGAAAUGCAGAUGCUAAGAUAGAGGAACAGAAAGUGGCCCCACCAGAGAAAAAGAAGAGGGGUCGGGGACGGACGAGGAGGGCAGUGAAGCCUAAAGCUGGCGGGGGCUCGGUGAGUGAUGAUGGCAGCUCUGAAAACGAAGAAAAGGUUUCCAGUGAGGUAAUGAAAGAGACUCAAGAAAAUGUUGAGACUGCGACCAGUACUGAAGACGGAAAGGAUGUGGAAGAGGAACAAGCGAAGGAUGUGGAGAUGAAAGAAGAGGAGGGUGAGGAGGAGUGUAAUAAGAACAAAGAGAAGACCUCAAACGAGUCCAUAAAUAGACGUCCUACUAGAGCAGUUUGUAAAGACUCCAAAAGAGACACUAAACCCAAAGUAGGAGUGAAGCUCCGCAACGAGAAGAAAGACGACGAUGAUGAAGAGUCAUCUUCCAGUGAGUCUGACAGUGAUGGUUAUGACCCUAAUGCACUUUACUGCAUCUGCAGGCAGAAACACAACAAAAGGUUUAUGAUCUGCUGUGAUCGCUGUGAGGAGUGGUUUCAUGGCGACUGCGUUGGCAUCUCUGAGGCACGUGGCCGACUGAUGGAGAGAAACGGAGAGGACUAUGUCUGUCCAAACUGCUACACACAGAAGGGACAGUUUUCCAAGGCUGGCUCCUCCACAGCAGCUGCAGAGAAUGGCAAACGGCCAGCAGCUGGCCUUCGUAAAAGUGAAACCGGUCUUGCUACACCAUCUAGCACUGCUGCAGCCACCACAGAGGAGAAAGCUUCUGAUGACCUGGGCAUCAAGGGCAGGAUCGAGAAGGCUACCAAUCCUAGUGGAAAAAAGAAAAUAAAGAUUUUCCAGCCGCAGGUGACUGCAGUUGAAGGAUCUUCCCUCCCAAAGUGCAUCGGACCUGGCUGUGAGAGAGAUGCGCUCCCUGACUCUGUCUACUGUGGGAACGACUGCAUACUCAGGCACGCCGCUGCUGCCAUGAAGACCAUCACCACGGAUGGAAAAGAUUCCAAACAGAAAGAGAGGGGCAGGCCCAAAUUGCAGAAAAAGACCUCAAAUAAAUCACCAAAUAAGAGGAGUUCUGGCCCAGAACGGAGGUCCUCUAACCAAGGAGAGGAGGAGGAGUCAGAAUCUGGGACUGAGGAAUAUGAUGAUGAUGAUGAAGACAAGCAUGCAGAGGAGCAUCCGCCGCCACCAGCCAUGUCAUCCUGGUCCAGUGACCAUAAUUACAUUGCAGUAACGCCAGAAAAGACUACACCCAUAUCAGCAUCUGUGUUAAACAAAACGUCAGCUGCCCAAAAAGACAAAGAAAAGGAGGACAAUGAGGAAGUCAAGCCAGAGAAAGAAACAGCUUCCACUGACAAGAAACCUCCUGCAUCUAAUGUUGCUCCCAAAGUGGGGAAGAAGGCUCCUGGCUCCAAGGGUACAAAGGCAGCUGCUGCCACCUCGCCUCUUCCCAAAGGCAAAACAACUGCAACACCUUUGAACAGUGGUAGAGAGUUAAGGAAGCAGCCCAUACCCAUACAGGGCAAAGCAAAAAAGCCAGGACCUCCCCCACCACCAAUUCCGGUUUUAUCACCUUCAGGCCCCCCCGGAUCUCGCCACCAUGCCACUGGAGCGCUCCGCGUGGGCAAGAGCACCUUUACUAUCCCAAAAAAACAGCCACAGGCAGGGCAAAAGGACUCUGCAGAGCCAGGUCCCUCUCCCACCUCUAGAACCCCACCUUCACCAGGGUCAUCCACCCAGCACUCAGCACCUAAACCAACCCAACCCAUAGCACCUGCUGCUCCUCCACAGCCACCACCCAACAACCAGAUGAGAUCCAAUAUCAGGCGAUCACUGACUGAUAUCUUGUAUAAAAGGGCCAGUGACAGUGAUGAUCUCUCAAUGUCUGAGAGCGAAGUGGGAAAGUUGGCUGUCAGCAUUGAGAAAGAGAUGUUUAACCUUUAUAUGAACACUGAUAACAAGUACAAGAACAAGUACAGGUCCCUUAUGUUCAAUCUAAAGGACCCCAAAAACAAGGGCCUGUUCUAUCGCGUGGUUGGUGGCGAGAUCAGUCCUUUCAGGCUGGUGAGACUGAGUCCAGAAGAACUUCUUUCCAGGGAGAUGUCAGACUGGAGAAAAUCUGAGAUCUCUGAGAGUCUGGAUAUGAGUGGGAGAUCCCAGUCAGGACAGCACAAAAGUGGAUCUAGACAGGAGGGUGCUCCCCCAGAUGUGGACAUGGAGGAGGCUCCUCCUUCUAUGUCUGAUGGAGAUGUAUGUAUGCCUGCCACUUCCCAGUCUCCCCACUUGGUUUCUGCUGCUGAUUCCCAGGAGGACACACGGCCUACUUCUGCAUCACAAGCCCCAAUCUCUACUGGGAAAGGCAGUUCAAUGCCAGAUAUCUUUAGUAGUAUGCUGAAAGACACUACAGCAGAGCACAGGGCUCAUCUCUUUGACCUGAACUGCAAGAUCUGUACAGGACAGAAGUUGGCAGAUGAUGAACCACCAUUAAAAAAAAACAAAAUGUCUGCACCUAAAAAGCCAGAGCACUCUUUUAAGUCUAAAUCAGAGUCAAGACCAUCCAAAUCUCCUGCUGAUCUCCCUCAAGUUUCCUCUCUUUCCGGUCCUGAGACGCCCAUGCCUGAUUCUGCAGCUGUAAUGGAGGAUCCAAGCAGUGUAUUUCCUGUGGUUCAGGCCCCAGUCAGUGCUGCUGUACCUGCAGUCUCUUCUGUUACAAUAACUCGAAGGGAUCCUCGUACUGCUGGUCACCGUGCAUCUGUGCCUCAGAUAGUUCCUGAUGUUGUUGUUCCUGCUAUGCCAGCAAAUAUUCCUAUUUCUGUUGAACCCGUGGUUGUAGAAACAAAGGGUCCUUUGCCUAUGCCCCCUCCUGCCCCAGCAUCUAUACCCAGACCUGUGAUCCCAAAAACGGCAUCUUAUGGGUCCAGUACUACCAGUAUGUCAGAGCCCCCUCCUGAGGGUGAAACCGCUUUGUUCUUGUCGGGACAAGAGAUGAUGUGGAAAGGAUUCAUAAACAUGCACUCUGUUGCCAAGUUUGUCACAAAAGCCUACUUGGUGUCAGGAUCAUUUGAGCAUAUUAAAGAGGACUUGCCUGACACUAUUCAUAUUGGUGGUAGAAUAUCACCACACACUGUGUGGGAUUAUGUGGGAAAGUUGAAGACUUCACUAUCAAAAGAACUAAGUCUUAUUCGUUUCCAUCCAGCAACUGAAGAAGAGGAGGUGGCGUAUGUGUCUCUGUUUUCUUAUUUCAGUAGCCGUAAGCGGUUUGGAGUAGUGGCAAACAGCAACAAGCGCAUUAAAGACCUUUACCUCAUCCCUUUGAGCUCAAAAGACCCACUUCCUGCGAAGCUUCUGCCAUUUGAUGGACCAGGGCUGGAACCAGCUCGUCCCAAUCUUCUCCUGGGGUUGUUAAUAUGCCAGAAGGACAAGAAGCGUCCUGGAGCCCCUCUAGAGAAUGAAGAAAAACGUUCUAAAACUCUAAGAGAUGAUGAAACAGGCCUCCCAAAACCAUCAACUAUUGGUAAAUCUGAAAUAAAACAGGACAAAGUUCUUCGAUCUAGUCUGGAUGCCAUAAGCUCAACUCCCCCAGACACCCCUCCACCCCUUAGUGCCUCAGAGUCCUCAAGUUCUGUCUCAUCUGUGUUUUCGUUACUGUCCUCUGUGAAAGUGCCUGGUGUCAGCAUUAGCACGGGCAGCAAUUCUCCAUCCUCCAACGUCUCAGUAGCAUCUACAGUCUCUUCCACACCACUUCAGACUAUCCUGAAAUCACUUUUUGGUAAGAAGAAGCAGGAUUCUGAUGUCUCGUUAUCACCUUCAGAUCAAAGUGCUGUAGAUGUCGCUGUACCUUCUGUGUCCCUGUUAGAUCCAAUUGUACAGCAGUUUGCAAUAACCAAGGGUAAAGAGGUAGAAGUACAGGAUGAUAGGCCGUAUGAUCCUGAGGAAGAAUAUGACCCAGCUGUUGGCUAUGGUACAGAAAAUACCCAUGAUACAACCAAAGUAUCAGCUGCAGUUAAGCAAGCAGAGGUCACCCCUGUGAUGGAUGAUGUAGCUUAUGACCCUGAGGAUGACUCUCUUUUUGAUGAUGUUGGGGUUGAUCCAAGUGCUAAGAAAUUAACUGAACAUCAAAAAGUGCUUGAAGAAAAACAAAUUGAGGAACAGAAGCAUGAGGAACCAGUUCAUCAACAAAUACCAGAGACUUUGAUUUCUCAGCCUGUUACAUCCCUGUUGGCUAACAGUCAAUUGCUGCAGCUUGGUAAAAAGGUUGAAGAGUUGGUGGCAAAGACUUCAGCCACUCCAGUUAUUAACCAGAGAAGAGACCCAAGGCAGAGUAGAGACCCUAGACAGGCUGUUACAAGUAGAAGACAGACGUCUGAUUUCACAGUAGCAGAAGAGGAAUCUUGUCUUACCACAGACAAAACCUCUCCACAACAAGGUACAGUGACAGAAACAUCACCAACACAAGCAUGCACAGUUGCAGACACACAGACUGCACAGCUGGACUCUGCCGAGGAUGCAUCAGUAGAGGAACCCUCUGCAACCACAGAUAUGCCCCUGUCACACGUCAUUGCCACCUUAGAUUCAGCGCAGUCUGCCAUCCUUGACCAAGAAGCAUCCAGAUCUGAGGAAGGGGGCGAGAGUGAGGAAGGAAGCAAGAGCGAAGAGGUGCCAUUUCUUGAUACAAAGAGCACAGAUGUUUUUAUUCCGUUACUAGGGGAAAAAAUUGACCCAGAGUUAGUUGAAAGCUACAUGGAAAAAGAACCUGAAGAGGAUCCCAAAACGAAGGAUGACCCCAUUGAAUCUGAGAUCAAAAGUUUUGAGGAGGUUUGGCCUAAUUCUGCCAGUAUUUUAAAAGCUGAUCCAGUUUCAUCCAUUGGGCAGCCUAUUGAGACCACUACAACCACAUAUUAUAACAUUUCAACAAUCAGUACUUUGUCUACAUCUUUACACUCAGGAGUGCCACAAGAUGUCAUCCAAGACAACUCAUCUUAUAUGGAAUCUCACAGUUCCCAUAUACAGCACAUACCAACAACAAACCCUGCUAACAUUCCACCUCCAAUGUCUUUUCCUCCUCCAAUUGGCCCUCCGCCUAUUCUUGGUCCACCUCCCAUGCAAGGCCCACCACCAAUUGCUGUUCCACCACCCAUGCAUCUCCCUCCUCCAAUGUCAGGACCACCUCCAAUGCAGAUUCCCCCAAUGCAAGGUCCACCUCCUCCCCUUGUGGAUAAUGAUCAUUCUCAGUAUCCACCACCUGGAUCGUAUCCACCUUUCCAGAAUCAGUGGGGUAGCAGUUCUCAGUUAGAUGCUGCUCCACUGCCUCCAAAUUUUACACCAAGAGGACCAUUCCAACCAAUGGGUCAGAGAGGUCCUCCUCAUCAGAUAUUUGAUAAUUCCAUGAAUUCAUUGCCCCCUCAGCAUAUUGUAGGAAGAGGAGGACCUCCUGGGGGGCCACCAUCAUCCACACCUCCCAGCUUUGAUGGACAAAGGUUUAAUGGGCCUCCACCCCCUUUUAACUUCUCUGCACCCAGGGGCCCACCUCCACCAUUUUCUGGUCCCCCUCCAAAUCACUUUGAUAAUAGAGCACCACCACCAUCCCAUUUCCCUGGUCCAAGAGGCCCACCUCCUCUUCAUAACAUUGGGGAUCGUGGCCCUCCAUCUAAUAUGUCAAGAGGGCCUGGUGAUCAAUUUGAAGAUGGUGGAAACUCAUAUCAUCAGGGAAUAGAGAAGCCCCAGAUACAUUCACAAGGGCCUCCUUUUAGGGGACCACUGCCAAACCACUUUGAUGGACGAAGAGGACCCCCUGGAUCUUCAGGUGAAAUGUCGGGACAGCGAUUUCCACCUCCAAACCAAUUUCAUGGUUCACCUAAACGCAGGGGAUCAUUUGACGAACCACGGGGAAAUUUAUCUCAAGACUUUGACCAGCACCGGGGACCAUCGGUGCAGCAGUUUGGUGGUCCGAGAGGUCCACCACCAGGACAUUAUGAAAAGGAACCAGUUGGUCAGUCAGCACGAUUUAACUACAAUGAUGAUACCCCAAGUGAUGUUCGAGAUGUUAGACCUGUUCGUGGACCUCUGCUUCCGACACCUCCUGAAGGUCCUAUACCAAUACAAGGCCGUAUAGUUGGACACAGCCCAGACAGCCACCGUGAUGACCACUGGAGACGGCACUCCCCUGAAAUGAGGAGGCGAAGCUGUUCCACCAGAGAUAGUUCAGAGCCACAUAAUCGUCCGAGUAGAUUUGAUGGUGGUUCACGUGACAGAGAUUCCUCCUCAAGGUUAUCUGAAGAGAGACAGCGUGAUUUGUCUGAAGAUAGGAGGAGAGACCGAGAUCGAGAAGGUGGACAUGGUGGACGAUCAUGGGGCUGGAACAGGGAGCAUGAGUAUGACCGGGGAAGAGAAAAGGAUCGUGAAAGAGAUCGGAGCAGGGAAAGAGAUCGGAGCAGGGAAAGAGAUAGGGAGCGGGGCCGCAGCAGGGAAAGGGAGAGAGAACACAGUAGAGAGAGGGAUCGCAGUAGAGGCAGAGAGUCUGACCGAUACAGAGAUGGAGAUGGAGACAAGAGGAGAGACCGAGACCGAGAUCGAGACAGAGACCGUGGCAGGGAGAGGGAGCAAGACCGAAAAGACCAUGACCGAGACAGAGCAAAGAACAGAGACAGAGAAAGAGACCGUGACAGAGACAGAGACAGCAGGGACAGGAGAAGAGAACGCUCAAGGAGUCGUGAACGAGAACGAGGAAAAGAUCGUGACAGAAGAGAUCGGGACGAACGCUGAGGGAGUGACAGAGACAGACGGGACAGAAGCAGGAGCAAAGAAAAGAAAGAUGAUAAAAAAGAAAGAUCUGACAACUCAAGGGCAAAGUCUACAGAAUCUGAAAACCCAUAAUGAAAGUCAUUCAUCUUAACUGUUGACUGACAAUUUUUCUUUCUAAAUUAGCAUGGGUUUGAAUGUUGCACUUGAAGGUCUCUUUUGUACUCUUUUCUUGCUGAAAAUUUUAUGUUUUUUACUUACAAGGCCUUGAUGUUGUCAACAUCUUCAGGUGUACUUCUUAUGUGAUGAUAUCUUGUCCUGUAGUUCUAUUUUAAAGAAAAAUAUGGAUAACUUCACAGUUAAGAAUUAAACAAGACAUGUAAAUAUGUAUGUAUUUGUGUAUAUACAGGUGUGUUUUUAAUUACUUUUUUCUAAAUAGAGAAGUAAUAAGCCAUAUAGGUUUAAAAUUAUGUUUAAAGGAAAAAAAUGUCUUUAAAAGAAGGUCUUUGUAUGGUAAAAGUUUAGCCAGCAUUUAAUGUGUCUGAAGGCUAUUGUUAAUGAUUGACCUGAAGCCACUACAUAUGUUCAUUACAAUUGUUCAAUUAAAUUCUUUGUGAUUAUAA